AUGAAUGAUAUUUCCGACAAUCAAACACUUUCACUUAUCCGGCUCGAUGAUUCUAAUAGUGCAUCCCAAGAAAAUGUUAUCAUUCAACAACAAUUGCAGCUUCUUGAUAGUAAUUUUAAAAUGUUCCAAACUAUAAAUAAUUGUAAAGAACAUAUUCAAUCUCAAACUGCAGAUGCUCAUAUUACAUUAAUUGUUAAUGGUAGAUUAGGUCAAAAAAUAGUACCUGAGAUCCAUGAUCUACCACAAAUUAUUGCCGUCUAUGUAUACUGUAUGAAUCUAGCAGAACACAAAAAAUGGGCCUUAAAUUUUGCCAAGGUCAAAGGUGUUUUCGUACAUUUUGAUGAGCUUAGAGGACAUCUUCAACCAAGCCAAACUGAUACAAAUCAACAUUCCAUAGUCAGUGAAUUACCUACAACGGAUACUUCAACAAGAAAAGCUAUACAACUUGAAUCAUCGUAUGACUUAGAUUGUUGUUAUAUGAUUUCUGACACUUGUUUCGAUUGUUUUACUCGAAUGAACACGGAUCUGACAGAAAAAGACGCUUUUGUUUCUUUAUAUCAGGAUGCAUCGCAAACAAAUGACAAGUUAUUACCAAUUCUUCAGGAAUUUCAAGAAGGUUAUCAUCCUGAGAAAGCUAUAUUUUGGCUUUAUAGAGAUCCAAUUUUUUACACAUUGAUAGAUAAUAUGUUCAAAGUAGCCUAUAUAGAUGCGAUGGUAUGUUCUCGAUUUUUUAUACAUGAUAUUCACAAACAACUUGAACUACAUAAAUGUACAUCGACUAUUGAAGUAUAUAAAAGUGAAAUAAUAUCAAAAGAAAAGUUUCAACAAUUAAACAAUUGUAACGGAAAAGUUAUUGCAAUGAAAUCGUUUUUGUUGGCAAGUACGGAUUGUAAUGCAUCAUCUUUAGAUACGCCGGAUAUAACUUCAUCGAACGAAUAUCAACGUAUAUUAUUCAUAAUUGAAGCAAAUCCACAAAUUGAAAAUGUUAAACCAUUUGCUAAAAUUGGUUCAUUAAUUAAUGAAAAAGAUUCAAAUGCUGUACUCUUUAUGAUCGGAUCACUGUUUAAAAUUACUGAAAUUCAAAAUGAACAAAAUGGUGUAAUAAAUAUUAAAAUGUCAUUAUGUGGAAAUGAUAGUGAGAAUAAUAUAAAAUCAUUAUUUGAUCAAUUAAAACACAAAUAUAUUAAUGAUAAAGGAGAAAUGGAUGCUAUUGGAUUUGGUCAAUUAGUAUUUGGAAUGGGUCAGUCAUUAGGUAAUGGAAAUCUAUCGGAUAGUGGAGAAAAAUAUAUUUGUUCCUAUAUGGAGAAAUUACCAAACGAUCAUCCAGAUCGUCUUCGUUGUUAUGAUGCAUUAGGAAAUAUAGAUUUAAUCAAAGGUAAUUUGGAUUCAAGUCUCAAUUGGUUUAAAAAAACAUUUGAUAUGAAAAAAGAAAAAUUACAACCAAAUGAUCCAGAUCUUGCUGAAAGUUAUAAAAAUAUGGCAUUAGUUGCUUUCAAUCAAAAGGCUUAUACGCAAGCGCUAGUUUAUUUUAAUCAAUAUUUAGAACUUUUACAGCAAUUAUCUGGUGAUAAUCACAUUGGUCUUACACUUUGUUAUACUUAUAUGGCGAAUAUACAUGAAAAUGAACAAAGAUUUUCGGAAGCUGCUUCAUAUUAUCAUCAAGCUUUAGCUAUUAUGAUAAAAUAUAAUUUCAAUGAUGUCUCGAGUUUUGCUGUAGUAUACAAUAAUCUUGGUAAAAUAUAUACUAUUCUGGGAAACUAUCAUCUUGCAUUGGGAUAUUACAAAACAUCACUUGAAAUGAAAUUAAAAUCUCUUCCACCUGUACAUCCAUCAGUAGCAAUAACAUACAAAAAUAUUGGAGUGGUUUAUGAAGGUAUAAAUGAUAUUCAACAAGCUCGAGAAAAUUUCGAAAAAGCCCUGAAUAUUUAUCGUGAAUUAUAUGAUCCCCAGAGCUCAUGUAUUACACAAAUAGAAGAAAUUAUUCGAAAUUUACCAACUUUACCUACAUAA